UGUCAUUAUGUUUCUCCUUCUCUCUCUUCCCCACAAAUCCAGAGAGUUUCCAGGAUGCGGGAACAUCGUGACAUUUGCACAGUUCUUAUUUAUAGCAGUGGAAGGCUUUAUCUUUGAAGCCAACUUUGGAAGGAAGCGGCCAGCCAUCCCAAUAAGAUACUACUUGAUCAUGGUGGCCAUGUUCUUUACAGUCAGCGUCGUGAAUAACUAUGCCCUGAAUCUAAACAUAGCCAUGCCGCUGCACAUGAUCUUCAGAUCAGGCUCUCUAAUAGCGAGCAUGGUUCUAGGCAUCAUCAUUUUGAAAAAAAGAUACAGUGUGUCUAAAUACACAUCCAUAGCCCUGGUGUCUGUGGGGAUCUUUAUCUGCACUUUAAUGUCUGCAAAACAAGUGGCUUCUAAAUCCAGCUUAAGCGAAGAGGACGGACUCCACGUCUUCAUGUGGUGGCUGUUAGGUAUCGCGGCACUGACCUUCGCCCUCCUGAUGUCAGCCAGAAUGGGGAUCUUUCAAGAGACCAUCUACAAACAGUUUGGAAAGCAUUCCAAGGAGGCGCUGUUUUACAAUCAUGCCCUGCCCCUCCCUGGCUUCCUCCUCCUCGCUCCGGACAUCUACGCCCAUGCUGUUCUCUUCAGCCAGUCUGAGCCAUUCCAAGUCCCGGGGAUCGGGCUGACCUUGCCCAUCAUGUGGUUCUACCUCGUCAUGAACGUCAUCACUCAAUACGUGUGCAUUCGGGGAGUCUUCAGCCUCACCACGGAGUGCACCUCCCUCACCGUCACCCUGGUGGUGACGCUGCGCAAGUUUGUCAGCCUCAUCUUCUCCAUCCUGUACUUCAAGAACCCCUUCACCGCCUGGCACUGGCUGGGCACCCUCUUUGUCUUCGUGGGCACGCUGAUGUACACCGAAGUGUGGAACAGCCUGCGGCCUCUGCUGGCCAGACAGAGGAAGGAGGCCAAGAAGGAGUAAAGGACUGUCUCAGCAAGGACCUUUUGUUAUGGUUUUACAGGGCAGAGCCCCAGGGACUCCCCUGCAAGGGGGGUCGUUUCUGUAAUAGAGAGGAGCUGCUGGCUGUGCCAAGCUGGUGGGGAACGCGUAGCCUCCGCUGGGGAAGAGAACGAGUUUAGCGUUCGGCUCGCAGCCCCUUUCGUUUUAAAAUGGCCCUUUUAAAAUUUUUAAUACUGUAAAGGUAACGUGCGUCCGUUACACGCUGUCCCUGCACUGGCCCCCUGCCUGUGGUGCUGUUGGCCCAUCCUCCCUCCCCACCUGUCUGAUUUAACCCUUUCGCUGCCGUCCAUUACCAUUCUCCUUACUUUACCGGCAGCCUGGUGCGCUUGUGCCCUGACCCGCCCGGUGCUGCUAACGCCCAGCGCAGCGUUGUAAAGUUCAAGCACAACGCGUGGAUGCCAAGCCCUGGCUUCUGGACUGGCUCUCUAGCUGCAGGGGGCAUUCAAAACAGCUGAAGCUGCCAGCUCUUCCCAAGUCCCCUGAUCCCUCUGUGAAAUCCUCUGCCGUUCUUGACUCAUGGCUAGGAAUGAUGCAUUCUGCAUCGAAACACUCCAUUUGUGAUAUCGCGUUGUGGGCUCUUCGGUGAGCCCAGACGUGAGAGAGAGAGAGUCACUGAGAUGGGAGAGACUUUUAAAAGGUCAGUCACACUGUUGUCCUCGUCUCUUGCUUCACUGAGACACUGAAGUAUGUAAGAUCAGGACUUGACUCAGUUUCUCUUUGCGAGUCACCUUUUAAAGCGCAGGUGACAAAUGGCACCAGGGGACUCCAUCCUUGUCAGCUGGCCAGUUCCCAGGUCGCUUUUCCCCUCCUAAUUGCUAGUGUAGUAAAGCCAGCCCUGAGCCAAAGAACCCAGCUGGAACGGAAAGGUUCUACAGGCCAAAUUAGAGCCCCAGUGACCCCUAGCAACCCCAGAGUCCAGUGGGCUUGUCGAGAUGAGACUGAUUAGAAUUUAGACUAUUCUACUGGAGCACAAGAUGCAAUAGCCAAGAGUGAGCGAGCUGGGGGCUGUCGGCUCUGCGUGGCUAAGAGCAGAGGCUUUGUUUGUGUUACUGAACGCAGCCAGGGAACAGAUCUCUCCAAUCAGAAGGUGCCUCUUUUACAUUCCCUUUGCAGAGGAGAACCACCCCGUUGAGUGACGUCCCCAGUGAAAUUGCAGGUGUUUCCCCCGAAGGGCUCAGAGGAAGUCAGCCACGUUGAAGGCCUUUGCAUGGCUGACUAUCCCCUGAAUCCCAUGGUGAAGUUACUACUCAGGUCUAACAUGGCUCUUUCCCUGUGGUCACCACUCUUUUCCCCUGUGCUGCUGCUGUUUGAGCCUCUGUAGCAACCAGGUGUGGCGCUCCUGUGACAUCAGGUCCAUAAAGAUGGCUUCCCCUUAGUGUCCUGCUAAAUGACAUUGCAAGAUCUAGCAGCCAACCUUUCCCAUCCUCGCUUCGAUUUGGGUUUGCCAGUUCUUUGUGCCGGACCAUUUCUACCCACCUGUGUUAGGAUUUAUACAUCCAGGCCCUGGGUGAAGUUUUGGAUGCGUACAUCCUACUGUUUGGCUGCAAGUGCACAGACAAGUUCUGUGCAUUGUGGUCGACCUGGCCAGCAGUGUUCAGGAAGGAACUUGCACAGGGCUUGUAGCAAUAGAGAAUUAAUAGUGUCCUUUCUAGGAGCAAGGAGGAAAGAUAAAUGUGCAGUAACAAACCCACAAGUGAGAACCUGCUGGGACUCUGCUAAUGGGUAAAAAGUAAGAGGCAUAAACCGAUCUGAAUACAAAGCCGAGAUGUUCCUAUAUUAGAUUACACGUACUGCCCUCAAGCAGCUAGCCGAGCAUCUGACUAGAAUAAGACGUGAUAGCGGAAGAGCGAAAGCCAUCAUAAGUAGUUCUGAUGGUGGCAGCCUUCGGCGGUCUCAGCAGAGAGCAAGGACUGAAUUAGCCACCGUGAUGACCUUUAGCAGAGGUCCCUAUAGGUCACAGCUGGUGCCUUGUGGGAGAGCUUGCAAUGCCACUUCCUGGAACGGUUCCAUAGCCAGAUUAGCUCCCCAUUUUCAGCUGUCUUGACUUUGAGCAGCUGGUCAAACUAAUUUACAGCUUCCUUCGCUAUUUAAAGUGUCUGCUCAUAACACAGACUAAAUGAAAGGGGCAUAAUCAGCCAGCCUGUCCUUGUCAUGCUCCAUUGUUCCUAACGCUCUUUAAGUUUGACAACAAGACUUGUUCCAUUGACUGCGCCUCUGAUUUGUCAGAGAACAGCUCACAAGCAAACACUGCUAUGUUACAAUCAGUGUUCAAGUGGACGGGAAGGGAUUCACUGCCUUUGAAGUUCAUUGUUCCCUGUAACUGUGAAGCCGUCCAUAGCAGGAUGGAGUUGGCAUCUACUUGCUCAGAGCAAUAUUUCUGAGGAGCAAAACUUCCUGCCUUCGGAGUGCCCCAAGUGGCACAUGGUUUUCAAAGUAUUUUCUCUGGCAGGGGGAGAAUAAGCCUGCACGUUCACUAGACUGUCUAUCCCUCCCGCCCACAAAUAACUUGUUUUAAACCCUGCUUCAGCUCAUCAGCUGGUAUAUACAUACCCUGGGAAAGACCAGCCCAGAAGUAAGAUUUCCAUCUUGAUCUUCAUUGCGGGGGGGGGGGGGGGGGGCGAAGCUUUUUACACAGACUCAGAGCAGGGAGUGUGUGCAGCACAAGUAGAAUUCAGUGUUAGAGCAGCAGUAGAGCUUGUAGAUCAGAGUGGAAAUAUGGCAUGAGGCUGAGACAUGGAGUCAGAUUCAGCACUGGCCUCCACUCCACAUGAAACCAGUUUACACUAGCUGUGAAUGUGGCUCAAGUAGUUUGGGUUCACUGUUGCCAGCCAAACAAUAGCUUGGCAAGUGUAAAAGUGAAUGUAACGUAGUAUUGUACAUAGGCUGCUCUCAUUUAUCAGCUCCACUCUAUGUGGUCUCUUGUUUCAGUUUUUUUUGCCAUGUUCUGUAUUUGGAUUUUAUUUGAAUGAAAUCAACGUGAUGUUUUUACAUAUACAGUAUCUCUGUUUACAAGACAGUCUAGGUGUCGCAGAGUAGUUAUCACCAGACACCGGUAGUGAUGGCUUCCCUUCUGUAUUCUAGGAUCUCUAAGUGAUAGUCUCUAUAAACUCAUGAGAGGCAGAGGGGAAGGAAAAUGCUGAGACAACCUGGACUAUCUAGAGACACUCUGUCAGUAUCCUCACGGUAGGGGUGGUGGACUUGUUUUUAAAAUGUACACUUGAAUGACCGACAGUGAUUUAGCGCAUAUGCAAAUAGACACUUGAAAAAGCCCAACCCUGAAGAUCUGAAAUGCUUUCUGAAUGAAAGUAGAGAUUUAGGGGUUUUUUCUUUUGUUAAAUAAAUCUGCUCCUGACCCUUA